CCAACACUUCACAAAUAUGAUUCCAUUAAAGAAUAAUGGGUUGUUAGUAGUGGUUAUCAAGUACUGGUUAGUAAUUUUUGUGCAUGUAAAUUUGAUUUUCGAUUAUGGAGAGAGUUCAUAUUCAAGCGCAAUCAGCAGUACAUACCAUGAACAAAUAAGACGUUUGUCAUUGAUCAACGCUUCCCAUCUCAACCACAAUCGAGUCCCUCGUCAACUUUCCACCUUCUCCAUUACACCAUCGGUUCUGAUGGCCUCACGUGUACAUCACGUGAUCGAUUACGGAGCAGACCCAACAGGGACAUCGGACAGCACAGAAGCUCUCGAGCGAGCUAUUCAUGACGCGUUCCAGUCUCCUCUGGAUGAAGGUCAUUUGAUGAAGGGUGUUGCUGACCUUGGUGGCUCAGAGGUUCAUCUUGAUGGUGGCACUUAUAAGAUCAGCCGUCCAUUGCUUCUACCUAAUUCUGGUGGUGGUAAUUUUAUGAUUCAUGGGGGAUCUAUUUGUGCCUCCAAUGAUUUUCCAACUGACCGCCAUUUGAUCGAGCUAUGGCCAAGUUCAACUACCUCACCGUUUGAGGACAUCACAAUCAAAGACAUCAUGCUCAAUGCGAACUUCCGAGGUGGUGGAAUAUCAGUGGUCAAUUCACUUAGAAUUACCAUAGACAAUUGUUACAUUUCACAUUUCACCACCAAUGGUAUCCUAAUACAAGGAGGCCACGAAACCUACAUAAGAAACUCCUUCAUUGGCCAACACAUCAACAUCGGCGGCGACCACCGCGAGAAAGAUUUCUCCGGCAUCGGAAUCAACAUCAUUGGAAAUGACAAUUCAGUCACCGACGUCGUGAUUUUCUCAGCCUCGGUUGGGAUCAUGGUCGAAGGCCAAGCCAAUGUGUUCGCCGGAGUACACUGCUAUAACAAGGCUACUAUGUUAGGUGGCACAGGAAUUUAUGUUCGGUUACCCGGGUUUACCCAAACCCGAAUUAUAAACUGUUACUUUGACUUUACUGGGAUCGUAGCUGAAGACCCGGUUCAACUUCACAUUAGCAAUUCAUUCUUUCUUGGCAAUGCCUUCAUUUUGAUCAAGUCCUUAAACGGGGUCGUAUCUGGAGUUACUAUUGUGGAUAAUAUGUUCUCGGGCGAUUAUACUGGGGUCCAUAUAGUCCAAUUGGAUGAGUCUAAGAAGGAAUUUCAUGAUGUUGAUCAGGUUGUGGUGGACCGAAAUAACGUUCGAGGCAUGGUCCUUAAAUCGACGGUUGCUAGGGGGACAACGUGGAGGAAUGGAACCACGUGGACCGUUGAUUUCUCUAAAGUCUUGCUCUUUCCGAACCUUAUUAAAAAUGUUCAAUACACGCUACAUGCAGGAGCGUUGUUUCCUAAUCAUGUGUUGAGGAAUGUAUCGAGGAAUCGAAUUACGGUUGAAUCUGACGUUCCUGUGUCUGCCACGUUGCAUGUAUAUGUGUAUCAAACAUGAUCACAUAUGUGUGAUAUAUCUACAACCAUUUUGUUAAAGUAUAGAAGAGGUUACUGCGAUGAGUUUAUAGACACGACUAAUUGAAUAUAUGUAUUGAA